GCUACAACCGGAUGUGGACAAACAGCGGAAAACCAAAAGUAAAGUCAAUUUAGUUGGAAAACUGUCUGAAAUUAACGAAAUAAUUUAACUAACUAGUUAACCACAACCUUAGAAAAAUGCCUCGAACAGACAUGUCCCAUUUUGCCGUUGUUGAUCAAGCUGUGAAUGUGAUGAAGCAGGUGGAAUCGUACAUCUCAGUUGGCAUGGAAAUGACGAUUGACGUUGCGAGUGAUUUUGGUGACUAUGAAAAAGAUGUUAAUUGUGAAGAAACAUUGAAGGAUGUAAUGUUAGACUAUAUACGGAUGGAAAGAGAUUUUAAACAAUUUAUAGAAUCAGUUAAAUAUGUUAAACAGCAGGUUGAGAAAGGUGCUGAAAUAAAAGAUCUUGAAGAAAUACUUGACACUCACAUACAAGAAUUGAAAACUCAAAAUGAUGACAGUGUCUUCCAAAAUCACGAGAAGUAUGUGGACUUGAUAGAUAAAAUACAGGAAGUGAGAAAUACUGAAGAAGACAACACAGACAUGGUAGCCUUAACAACUGAAGAUGAAGAUCUUGAUGUAGAGAUGACUCAACAAAAUGUGGUAACCAAAUGUCCGUAUACUGGACAAGAAAUGACCUUCCCUGUCCGAAACAUAAUCUGUGGUCAUAAUUAUGAAAAGGAAGGAAUUAUGGAAUAUAUUUCAAAACGGAAACAUAAAGCAAGAUGUCCUGUUAGUGGUUGCCGUAGUGAUCAAACAGUAACAGCAGAUAAUUUAGAAGAAAACAAAGAUUUGCGUCGAUUUAUUGAAAGGAAAAAGCGACAAGGUGGACAAAGGUCUAAGAGCGAUAAGAAACGACUUAAGUGAUAUGUUUUCUGUACAAACUUAUCAUUUGUUUGAUACGAGAAUUAUAAUGUUUCUUUACAGUAAUGUGAAAAAAUAUACCAUACAUGUACAUAUGGAUGAUUGGUUCAUACCUUGAGGUAAAAUUUAAGAGUUGUCCCCCUUUGCUGUCAACUCAAGUACAAUGCUAAACCUAAAAUAAAGAACACAAAAUAUGGUGCCAAUUUUAUAUUUUUGGAAACAUUUUGUAUAAUUCUUGUAAAAAAUGUCACUGGCCUUGUGUAUGAAAACCUAAACUUUAUUUUAAGGAUCCUGUUGUUUGAUAGAGCACUAAAAUCGACAAUUAUAUCUCUUAGCAAAUAUUUGUAUUCAUGUGUAAAUAAUAAACAUAAUUCAUUAUUA